AUGGCGACCCCAUCGGUGAGCUUGAGGUUUUUGCCUCGUCCUCUGCGAAGAGCUUUGCUUGAUUUUCAAAAAGAUGGUGUCCGGUUUGGUAUUAGAAAACAAGGAAGAUGUUUGAUAGGAGACGAGAUGGGACUUGGCAAAACCCUUCAAGCAAUCAGCAUUGCAUAUUAUUACAAAGAUACCUGGCCACUGUUGAUUGUGGUGCCAUCCUCUGUCAAGUUCUCCUGGAUUGACGAGAUCGAAAAAUGGCUGCCUGAAGUUGAACCACAUGAUUUGAAUCUUAUCAGAUCAGGCUGCGAUGUAAGUAACCUUGGGAAGGCCGUGAUUCAUAUUGUAGGUUAUGGUCUGCUGAGCUUAGCAACCUCCAAAUUGUUACUUGAAGCUCUGGAAAACCACAAGUUAAAUAUUGUCAUAUUAGAUGAAUCACAUUACUUAAAGAACAGAAAAUCAGCACGUACAAAACAUCUGCUUCAAAUCUGCAAGAAAGCCAAGCAUGCCAUUCUGUUGAGUGGAACACCAUCACUUGCUAGACCAAGGGAGCUCUUUCCUCAGCUGGACAUUAUCUGUCCAGGUAGGUUUGGUUCUUUCAGUCGUUUUGUUCAGAGGUACUGCAAUGCUCGCGAUGUAUUUUUCAGAGGAAAGAGGAGCUUUGACACAAGUGGUGCUUCAAAUCUUGAUGAGUUGUAUCAUCUCCUGAAAACUCAUGUCAUGAUAAGAAGGCUUAAGAAAGAGGUUUUGACUCAGUUACCACCAAAGAGAAGACAAAAAGUUUAUUUUGACAUCUCAGAGUCCAACAGUAAAUACAAUGCAGAAUUGAAGCAGAUCAUGAAAGACUUCAGGAAAUGUUCUGCUAUUAUUAAUGGGGCAGUUGCAGAUGACCUGUCAAUUAAGUCACCUCUGACAGAAAUCAGACGCCUAUCAACACUUGUAUAUCACUAUACUGGGCUUGUCAAGAUUGGUCCAGUUCUGAAGUACGUUGAGGACUUGGCCCAGGGAAUGGACGGCAAAUUCAUUGUGUUCUUCCGUCAUCGUCUUGUACGUCAAGCCAUCGAGGCAAAGUUGGUGACCUUGAAACUCAAAUACAUUUGCAUUGCGGGUGAUGUACCUUCCGCAAUCAGAGGGGAGUUGGUUAACUCAUUUCAAACUGAUCCACAAGUACGCGUUGCUGCCCUUUCCAUUGAAGCAGCGUCUUUUGGACUCACUCUCACUGCAGCCCAUCAUGUAGUGUUCGCGGAGCUUCAUCACACUCCAGGUGUUAUUAUACAGGCUGAAGACAGAGCACAUAGGAUAGGGCAGACACUACCGGUUAACAUUCAUUACUUGAUUGCCAAAGGGACUGUGGAUGAGACGCUAUGGUCCCUUAUUAGACGCAAGGUCUACGUUACUACCACCACAUUGGAUGGGAAAUGUAAAGAUCUUGAGACAGAGAAUGCAGAUGAAGAUCUAGGUCGGAAAUUGUCAGCAUGUGCUGCCUGGAUCCAAGACCAGGAAGAAGGUGCUGAGGACCUGGAGGAUUUCGUAAAUGAGCAACUUUCAGCAAAAGCGACUGGUAAGGAUCAAGGGCAAAGAGAUCUUCGUUCUUUUUUUGUUGCAACACCAGUUUCUUCAAAGUCGAACUCCUUUGAAAACAGUGCAAGUAGUCACAAUACGACGGUCCAGAGAAACAAAAGUGCAAAAAUGGGUGCGGCCAGGAAAACUUCAGAUGAUCCGAUACAUGUGCUUGAGAGUGAAGAGGAGGAUUUAUCGACUUUGGAUGAUCUGAAGGAUGAUGCCCUUAUUUGGGAAGCACCCGAUAUCGUGCAAAUCUCUGAGAAAACGCCACUCAAGAAAAACAGUAAACCUUUCAGACAAAGUCUAGAAAACCGCGAAAAUCUUAAAACUGACCCUACACCUCACGAAGAAGCACUAGAGGAGGAGGACUGUCCACUUAAGCCAAAAACAGUAAAAUUGAGGAAAAUGAAAAAUGGCAAGCUAUUGUUUGCGGAGGGCAAAACCACGACAAGACAAAGUCAACAAGAAGCCAACUGCAAAAGUCUUAUAGAAUUUGUUGGAAGCGAUCCUGAAACGGAAUCACAGACGUUACGAGGCUAUCUUGAUAAUGGAGAUGGACCUGAAAUUUUAAACGUAGAAGAUCAAUGCAAUUUUAUAGGGAAGAGCGAUUUCUUGGGUGGAAGUUCGAAGCCGAAAGACCGGGAAUUUUUAACGUAUUUACAAGAGGCUGAUAUAGAGUGUGUAGAAGUGGUCUGUAAAAGGACAUCGAGAUUGCUAGAGGACGAUCAAGAUAGCUUUAAUGAUUGUACUACGGAAAGAAUGGAACAAAAAAUAGGAAGUGCAGUUAACGAUUCACGAUAUCCGUCUUGUCAAGAUUUCGAGGGAGGAUCUUUUUCAAAAGAUAUCGGUGGGAUUGAAAUGUCAGACUCACCCAGAAGAACAUCAGAGAUAAUCGAUAAAAUUGGAGAGUUACAAAGUAAGCAAGGAACAGAAUCGUGCACAAAGUCCUGUGGUCUUUCUUUUGAUGACGCUGGCAAUAAAAGUGACAAAGAUUCUGCUAACAUAGGAACAAAGAUGCCUUCAUGCUGUCAUCAAGGAAGGAAAAGUGACCAAAACGUUUCCUCCCAUUUCAACAUUGUUUCUCUAGACGAUAACGGGACUGUAGAUGAAUAUGUUUUAUGUGAGAGGAGUAACAGUCGAGGAUAUGGAACGAAAGCGAACCAACCCUUAAAAGAGAGUACUAGAAGUACUAGAGACAAAGUUUUCAAUCCUCCAAAGUAUUCAUCACAAGUUCUUGAAAAUAGGGAAUGUUUGCCGGUUAAAGAGGAUGGAAAUACUAACGUCACUGCAGUGCCUUAUGAUGACAAUUCAACAGAUGAUUUCCAAGAUGACAGCUUUAAAAAUACUCAGGUCGCCCCUGUACCGGUCACACAGAAGCCCAGUAAAAAGCGGAAUGCUGCUAACAAACCGAAACAGAAGACAGAAAAUCGAGAGGCAAAGAGAGGUAACGGGUGGAAGCAACCACCUACCGAUUGGCAUUGUAGUGCUUGCACUUUUAUAAAUGAUGGGCAGCUUUUGGAAUGUUCCAUCUGCUUCACACCUCGUGCAAAAAUUGACGAGGCCACGAGCACUGUCGACGAUAAUCCUCUGAGCAUCAAAAGUAUCAGUGGACAAGGUCGCGAUAACGUAUAUAUUUCAGAUAAAAUGGACCUAUAUGGAACGGGUGUAGACUGUAUGGAUACCAGUUCUACUUGUGUGAAUUCUGGCAAGAUCAGUGGAAUCGUGAAACAUGAGUCAUCACUAAUUUCCUUUGGCUCUGCCCAAAUGACGUCUCCUAUAAGCACUGGGCAAACUGUAGAACCACAUGCUACAGGAAAGGCUAUUGUCCAUAACUUGUCGAGUGAGUCGAUGAUAACACCACCGUGUGAUUCAAAGAGUGAUAUUAAAUCUACUAUUCGUAAAGCUAAAUCAACUGAUAAUGAUAGUGUGUAUAGUCAAGUUGCUGAGUCCGGCUUGCCUCCUUGGUCGUGCGCGGCUUGCACCUUCUUGAACUUGUCAGAAAUGAUUGAAUGUUCAAUGUGUCUGACUCCAAAACGGCGAAGCCGGAGGGUGAGUGCAAAAAAGAGUCUACUCACAGUGGAAACAGAGAAGGAGGCCAGUGCGAGCAAGACCACUUCGAGCGACAGGCGACGCUGGAAGAGGGCUAAGAAUGCAGAAGACCAUAAUCCACGAGAAAUGGAUGAAGGCUUGACAGCAGAACCAUUGGGACUAUCUCGUGAAACACAAAGUAGUAGUCACACGCAGUAUGGCCAUAAAGUCUUGAGAGAAGAGAUUUCUGAAGAGGUCAAGUCGAACCCUCGAAAGCGACUUAGACUUGAUGAGGUCGAAGGAGAAAAUGGUAUCUGUGAUGUUUCAUACGAUUCAGACGUUUUGUGCAGUGACACCACCAUUAAGUGUUCCUAUGCAUUGUCCUCCUCUGCAGCUCCAUACGAGCUGAUGGCCGCCACACCGCCUGAUGGUAAAGGCAUAGAUGUAGCUAGUCAAGUCGAUUCUGUUCUUUCCUCAGAUCAAGAGGAACUACAACUUAGAACCGACCACGGCGCAAGGUGCUGCAAGAUUGGCAAUAAUGAUUUGGAAAUGGACUGUGAACAACUUGACGUUUCAGAUCAUUUGGUAACUGAACAGUGCAGUGGAGUUUCUUCGACGGUAUCCUCCGAAGGGAAUGUUCGUGGCCAUUUGCCAUCCUCCAAAAAUUCGGAAAUUGACGAAGUUAUGGAGGACCUGGAAGAGCUGAAAGCUGCAGCUGAAAAAUUUUUUAGUUCAGAAUGGGAAGACGACGAGCGGUGGUGGGAAGAAGAGAGUUCUUUUGAAAUAAGCUCUUCCGCUUCUAGUAGUGAAACAGCCUCAAGUAGUCCGACAGUUACAAGCCCAGGAUUUACAAAGUGCUCCGAUUUUUGUUCUGUCACGGAGCUUAAGAAGAAGCUAGAGACAGAUGCUAAGCCCAAGGCUGCGCAAAAACCUCAAUAUGCUAAAGGUAACCCUGAAAAUACUGAAGCUGCGCCAUUAGCAAAUGAAUAUAAUUCAAGGCCUGAGUUGGAUCCAGUAAUAGAAGAGGAGGAAGAAGAUGAAAAAGACGCUCCCCCUGAGGCGAUGAAGUUGAAAUUCUGUUUAAGCCUUUACACAGAACGGUUAUAUUUGUACACUCAGGAUGAUCUUCCACUUGGAAUUAAUUUCUGCAUGUCUGAUGUUAAGAACUGCAACAUGGACGAUUUACCCGCCAUUCUUCAUCAUGAUGAAAAUUUAAGGCAGGUUGAAAGAUUCCUUGAAAAAUGGAGAAGGAUGGGAGAGGGGAAGAAGCGAAUACUCCGAAAAUCAGGACUUGUGUUUGAUGAUCCUCUGGAAGCUUAUGAGUGUGCAAGAAAGGGUUUGUCAAGGGCAUGCAGCUAUGUUCGACACCCUUCAAAGGAAACUCAGAUUCUGGCUGCCCAUAAUACCGCGGAAGAAGUAGGAGGAAAAGUUCGGGUAGUUAAGAAACCCAAAAUUGUACAAAACAAAAUAGAGAGGAAAACUGAUCACGCCAAGAGUAUAGCAGGUGGUGCAGAAGAAGGAGAGAGCGUGGAACUUAACAGCAACACGCAAAUGUGUGCCUCAAACACAAUCUGCGAGGAUAAGAUCUAUCACCAGGCUGUGACGACUGAUGGGGUACCACUAUGCUUGUUCUGUAAGGGCCCUGUGGAGUUCGCAAAGAGAGUGCGGUGCUCAGAUUGGGAUGCAAGAUUUUGUUCGCACGACUGCAAACAGGAAUAUCAGGUUCGUGUUAGCGGUACGGCGGCAAGGAGAGCUUUGUUUGAAGCAGAACGAGGAAUUUGUCAGCUGUGUUCAAUGGACGCCCAUAACUUGUACCAAAAUGUCGUCGCGUUACCUGUCAGAGAUCGGCCGGCAUUCUUGGCUCAGACUCAUUACUCGACUUUGCCAAAUCAAAAGUUGAUGAAAAUGAUAAUGGAGCCAAAGGAGGGAAUGUUCUGGGAAGCGGACCACAUCACACCUGUGUCAGAGGGAGGCGGGGAAUGUGGAUUAGAUAAUCUGAGGACCUUGUGCGUUAUAUGCCACAGGAAGGCCACUAGCGAAUUAAACAAAAGACUGAAACAACGAAGGAUACUAGAGCAGGUUGCUGGAUGUGCUGAUAUUUCGACGUUCUUUCGUCCACUUAACUGAGAGGGAUAUCAUAUAAUUGUAAGUCAGAUGGCAAAGUGUUAGAGAGAUGAAUGGCCAGGGUAUGUCUUACGUAAUGAACAGGGCUUAUAGUAUUACAUUUGUUCUUUGUUUUGACCUUUAAAUAACUGUUUUCCUUGUUAUAAUUAUUAUUUUUCCUUAUGUCUAGGAAACUAGGUAUGUCUUUUUUAUGUUUUUCGGUGUUUGAGUCUGAAUUGAGAUUCAACAAAAUAAGUUUUGUUACAACUUAUGUAAUUUGCGUUGCGUUACGUUUUAGUCCAAAUUUCAUGCUUUUAAAUGAGGGUAAAUAACCACAAGAUAAUCAAUGAAAAAUACAUUUUCGUUGAGACUCAACAAAAUAAGUUUUUUACAACUUAUGUAAUUUGCGUCGCGUUACGUUUUGGUCCAAAUUUCAUUCUUUUAAAUAAGGGUAAAUAACCACAAGAUAAUCAAUGAAAAAUACAUUUUCGUUGAGACUCAACAAAAUAAGUUUUUUACAACUUAUGUAAUUUGCGUUGCGUUACGUUUUAGUCCAAAUUUCAUGCUUUUAAAUAAGGGUGAAUAACCACAAGAUAAUCAAUGAAAAAUACAUUUUCGUCUUUUUUUGAAAGGUUUGUUAUCAUUUUUAGCUCGGAAUAGGAAAAUUAUUAUUUUUAUUAAUCUAUUAAAGAAAACGGUUUCCACAAGUUACAAAAUUACAAAAAUUAACAGAAAUUAAAGUGGCUGUGAUAACCACAAAAUAAUCAGUGUCUUAAACAUUGUUCAUGUUUUGUAUCAUUUAAAUUUUUGUCAUCAUUUUUGGCACGAAAUUGUAAAGUGAUAUAUUUUUAUUUAAUUACUAAAAAAAACGGUUUUCACGAAGUAAUAUUGAAUAAUGUUUUUACAAAAUUCACAUAAAUUAAAGUUGCUGUUAUAACCACAAAAUUAUCAGUUUCUAAAACAAUUUUCUUGUUUUUAGCACGAAAUUGAAAAGUGAUAUAUAUUUUAUUUAAUUAUUACAGAAAACGGUUUUCACGAAAUAAU